UAUCAUAACAACAUUUUUUUGUCGUACCGGUUUAUUUUUAGGCGAUAAUCAAUAUGAUUUCUAGAUUUUAGCUAGAGAAUAAAACAUCAGUCGUUCAACAGGUGCUUUGAGGGAUCAAAUUAAACGUACUUGCUGCCGAACACGGCCAAAAGGAAACGCAUACGGUGUUUCAAGUGCGUUUCCUAGUAUACACUCUGCAAACGCAUACUUAACGUGUGGUUCUAUUCGUUCGCUUAGGAUUGUCUAGUGUGUAGGCGCUGUUAGGGUGUCUGUUUGUGUUUUUCACUAUUAUUAAUCCAGUUUUAAAUAUUUCGUGCAAGUUCCCUAUUAAGUUUAAGAAGUCUUCAAUACCCACCUAUAUUCAUUAUGACUCCGAGAAAAAUAUGAAAGAUACCAAAAAUGAAUCUCUCAACAAAUUGCAGCAAUAUUGAUGAAAAAGACGAAGUGUCCAAAGUUAGAAGAUGCAUGCCUCAAAUUUUAGCGGUGAGCAUCAAAAAUAUAUUAUUAUUGGUUUAUGGGCUAACGAUGGGUGUACCCGCUAUGUUGAUACCCAAUUUGGGUGGCGGAGUUGCUGGGGAAACGAUUGUAUUGAAUGAAAAUGGUAUAUCUUGGGUUGGGUUAAAAACCUGCUGGCAUCAAGAGUUCAUGGUGUUUUCCUCGCAUGGAUUGGCAGUUACUCGUCUAACCAUAUCCAAAGAGUCAUCCGACAUUAUUGCAACAUCGGGGACUCCCGAUCUUUUCAAUUGUCACAUCAAUGAUAAAGAUGACGCUAUCACUAAUAGUUAA